AUGAACCGUUUCAGACUCUCCAAUGCCGACGAAUACAGCUCCUUUUUCGGCUCAGUCAGUCUAUCAACAAGCAUCUCCAGCUCCGACUUGAGCUGGAGAUCCUCUUCGUUUAAUUCCUCCUCCACGGUCUUGUCGUCCACCUUGGGCUUCGAUUCGUCCUUGACAGGCUCCUUCGAAGUCUCGGUAGACGUUCUUUUGGAUUCUUGUUCUUUAGCAGGUGCCAUUGCAAAACAAGUUUUGUUUACAGAGAGAGUGGCAAAAUCAGUGUGGAAAAAGUUGAUCGAGCCUGAGGUUUCGACACGGGCACCGAUCGAUGCGUCGGUGAGUCGUAAGUUGGGUGCCGAGCCCGAAGCAGCAGUUUCAGGCACAACGGGUUUCCCGUUCUGCAGUUGUGAGGAGUCUGGUCUUGGUGGCUCUUCUGCUCCGUUGGCCGGCCUUUCGCCCUGA